AUGGGAGCACUUGCUAAGAUGCAGCAGCCACCUUGGACUACACCAACGGGAAAUAUCGAUGCAGCAGCACGGAACAAAUUCUUCAACGAUCCUUGGAUACGUAUAAAAGGAGGCCUCAAGACGAAGCACUACAAGCAACUGCUAUCGUCCAUCGAAGAGGACAUCGGCCGCAUUUCCAGCCUCACUGCAGGAGCAAUUGCGCUGGAGCCACUACGACUUCAAAGAAGACGCAAAGCCAACACCGAGUAUCUUCUGAAGUUUCGCCAACAGGCAGAGAAGCUAUACGACGCUUUCAACACGCGCCCUUCCAGCUUCAAGCUUGUAUUCACCUUCGCAUCACCGCAUGCUAGCCAUGUCAAUUCCUGGAAGCCGAUACCGGUAGAAAUUGAGGCUAUCGAUGUAAUUGACCCGACAACCCCAAGCAACACCUCAUUGCUUCCCAGCAUCGUCGUCCACUCGAACACAAAAAUACACGACCACUGGAAAUGCCUUCAAAAGGCUCCAGAUAUCGUCGAUCUCUGCGCAACACUGCAACACUGCCCAAGCCCACAUUGCAUGGGAGUCAUGAGUAGCAAGCUGGCCAGACACCACAUCCACACUCUCCGACUACCAAACGCUAGCACCACUGACAAACGCGUGAGCCUGCAACAGCUACUUGAGAAGCAAAGUCAGAGCUUCCAGAUCAAGGAAAAGUGUACCCUAGCUCUUACACUCGCCUCCGCUGUCUACCAGCUCUACAACACACCGUGGCUAGAAGAAACUUGGGACCUGAACGACAUCUGCAUCCUGAGCCAAUCCGUACUAUCCGAUCAACCAUACAUAUCCCGAGACUUCCCCGCCGCGACAGCACCACCAGCCCACAGCCAACGCAUGCGUAUAAUAAAGAACAGCAUCAUCUUCGCUCUCGGCGUCGCAUUGCUAGAGAUCUCGUACGGUAAGUCACUGCAAACCUUUGUAACCAAGGAGGAUCUCGACGACGCAACAGGUAGCCGUACAGCAUUCACCGACUAUCUCAUAGCAAUUCGGUUGGCGGAGGGAUUGCGUACGCGGGAACUGCCGAACUAUGCGGAUGCGACGCAGAGGUGUAUACAUUGCAAUUUCGAGGCCUCGGUGUUUAGUCUCGAUAAUGAUGACUUCAGGGAAAGGUUCUAUCAGGGUGUUAUCGUGCCGCUGAGGAAGGAUUAUGAGUAUGUUGUUAGCGCCGCCACGAUAUAA